AUACAGAUGAUUUUGAAGUGUCCAAUCCUUUAGGAACAUCGAGAAAGAAACACAAAAUGAGUGCAGUUUAUUGGGUGAUAGCUAAUGUGCCACCAAAAUACAGAUCCACACUCCACUCCAUUCAGCUUGCUGUUUUGUGUAAAUCCUCUCAUGUAAAAGAAUUUGGCUACGCUAAAAUUCUCCGCCCUCUCAUUCAUGAUCUGGCUUCUUUGGAGCAACAUGGUGUAUAUGUUGAGAAGUUGGGAGAAUCUGUCAAAGGUACAGUUUUAUAUGUGGCUGCUGAUAACCUGGCUGCUCAUUCUCUGGCAGGAUUCUUCGAAAGCUUUAUGGUGGACAGAUUCUGCAGGUUCUGUAUGGCGACGAGAGGCGAGGUGCAAGGCAAGGAGGUGUUCAUGGAGUUCAGCAGGAUUGUGGGCAAGAACCUCAAACAGGAGUUCUAUGAGAGCAUCGACCGGCACAGUCCUCGUCUCCUGGAGUUAUUUCAAUCCAAGAGAGGGAAUGUUGGACAGUUGUUGACACAGAUUUCACAACAGACCAAUACUACAGAGCCAACUACGAUCUGGACACAAGUGCUCAGAGGGCUUCCUAUCAUACUUGGGGACAACCCUACAAACUUCUUCAAAGCAAGCUUUGAAUCUGAUGAUGAUGAUUAUUUUCGAUGACCUUGACGUUGGGAAGCUUCUUAUUGAGCGUGAAGGUGCUGUGCUCACGUCUUCCCAGCAUCUCAGUCCAGCUUCGUUGAAAAUACUCGUUGGUGUUCUCUA